AUGGCGGAGGCCUUGAGGAAUGCCGUUCCGGGAGCAAGGGUUACUCGCCCUCUGCGCACAAGUACCAUGAGGAUAGUAGAACAGGAUGCGGCUAUAAACACGACCGUCAUCGGAAACGCGCUGAUGGAUGUGCAUUCUGGAGCGGACCCCAACCUUAUAAAUGUAGGGGAAGUAAGAAUAUUUGGGGGUAGACUAGGCGAGGCCACUGUCUCUGCUCCAGUGCCCGUCAUCCGGGCUGCCCUGGAAAAGGGCAGGAUAAACGUGGGUUGGACAUUGGUGAGAGUGCACGGACUUAGGCAGCGGCACCUCAGAUGCCUCCGGUGCCUGGCGCGAGGACAUGUUGCUGUAGUGUGCCCGGCCACUAAGCAUAGGAUAGACCUAUGCUAUAUUUAUGGGAAGCCGGACCACCUGGCCAAAACAUGCAUGGAUAAACCUGAGUGUCCGGUUUGUGCAGACGCUGGCCAGAAACCGACCAACCACCGUGCCGGUUCUUGGGUGUACACGGUAGUGCCUCCUAGAAAAUGA